AUGUCUGGUGGUAAAGGUGGUAAAGCCGGUUCUUCUAAGGCCUCCCAAACUAGAUCAGCCAAGGCUGGUUUGACUUUCCCAGUCGGUAGAGUCCACAGAUUGUUGAGAAAAGGUAACUACGCUCAAAGAGUUGGUUCAGGUGCUCCAGUUUACUUGACUGCUGUUCUCGAAUAUUUGGCCGCUGAAAUCUUGGAAUUGGCUGGUAACGCUGCUAGAGAUAACAAGAAGACCAGAAUUAUCCCAAGACAUUUACAAUUGGCCAUCAGAAACGAUGAAGAAUUGAACAAGUUGUUGGGUCACGUCACUAUUGCUGAAGGUGGUGUUUUGCCAAACAUUCACGGUUCCUUGUUACCAAAGAAAUCUGGUAAGCCAAAGGCUUCUCAAGAAUUAUAA